GUUCUGGAGUCUCUGAUCAAGCGCGUUCACAGACACAGGCGCGCUUGUGCUCGUGCCCGCUGCUGCAUUAUUUUCAUCUCUGUUUUCUGGUCGGGUUCGGGCGGUUUCUAUCCUGGAGCUUCUAAUCUGCUCAGACGAUGUCUCUGGUGGAUUUGGGGAAGAAGCUUCUAGAAGCAGCUCGUGCCGGUCAGGACGAUGAGGUUCGGAUACUGAUGGCCAGUGGAGCUCCAUUCACUACCGACUGGCUGGGCACGUCUCCACUGCAUCUGUCCGCUCAGUUUGGACAUUACUCCACCACAGAGGUUCUGCUGCGUUGCGGAGUGAGCCGUGAUGCCCGCACCAAAGUGGACCGGACACCUCUGCACAUGGCCGCGUCUGAGGGUCACACACGCAUAGUGGAGCUGCUGCUGAAGCACGGCGCUGCUGUGAAUGCUAAAGACAUGCUGAAGAUGACAGCGUUGCACUGGGCCGUACAGCACAGCCACCGAGACGUGCUGGAACUUCUGCUGCGGUUUGGAGCUGAUGUCCACACGCAAAGUAAAUUCUGCAAAAACGCACUGGACAUCGCCCUCGACAACAGCUGUCAUGACCUCGCUGAAAUCCUGCAGGUAGCAAUGCAGAGUCAGAUCAACACAAACCCACAGAAUCCAGAUACAUUGACUAUUCACACCACUACACCACAGUUCAUAAUCAGCCCAGGAGGAGUCGUGAACCUCGCUGGACUCAUCUCACCUGGAAACAACAGCAAAUCUGCAGUUAUGGCAGCGGAGAAGGUGAUAAUAGCGGAUAUGGUCGACGGAGCCAUCCAACAGGUUGUGAGCUCUGGAGGUCAGCAGGUCUUUACCCUAGUAACAGAUGGCAUUCAACUGGGCAGACUGCAAACUAGCACAGGCAUCACCCAGCCCAUAAUAGUCACCAUGCCUGAUGGGCAGCAGGUAUUAACGGUGUCAGACAUAGAGGUCGCUGAGGAAACGGUGAUCGGUGACGAGCCAUCAAUUAAACGGCCACGUGUGAAGGAAGAAGACGACGACAGUGAAAUGACGGAAACACAAGACAUGCAGAUCCACCAAAACAUCUCACUGCAGGACAUGCAGGAAAAAGUGUCUCUUCUGAAGCAGCUGGAAGAGGCGAAUCGUGAAGCUCAGAGAUAUAGACAGCAGUUCCUGAAGAAAGAACAGGAAGCAGAAGCUUACAGACAGAAACUAGUGGCCAUCACACGACAGAACGCCAAGAAAACAGUGUGAUAUACAAAUAAUCACACACACACAACACACACACUGUUAAAGCUAAUAAGCUACUAAGAUAAUGAUAUUCACCAUACCCUAACCCUCACACAAACCUGUUGACAUCAGAGGAUUUUAAGCAAAACAUUAUUUGCUGAUUUAUGAGCCUUAAGCAUCUUCAAACAUUUGGUCCUCAAGAAUAGCACAACCUGUGCACACACACACACAUAUGUUGAUUAUGGAUAUGGGUUUGACACAGGUUUGAUUCUGUCCCAUAUCCCAUUGCUCAAUCCCCAGAUGGCCUCACAAUAAAGUGGCAAAAUAAAUAAAUAAAUACACAUACAUAACUAAACUGCAGAUAAAUCAGGGAAAUCAAAAUCACAGAUACGAUCAUUUUUAAACUGAUAGACAACCCCAAUUCCAAAAAAGUUGGGACAGUAUGGAAAAUGCUAAUGAAAACAAAAAGGAGUGAUAUAUUGUAUAUUCUAUUUACCCUGUGCUAUAUUGAAAGCACUACAACAAGACAGUAUUUGAUGUUUUACCUUGUGUAUUUAAUUUUUUUUUUUUUGCAUACUGUCCCAACUUUUUUGGAAUUGCCAUUGAAGCUGUAUUUUAUGCACAAUUUAAUAUACUGUAUAUUAUGUACAUAUAAUACAUUUUAUAUAUCAUAUGUAAAAAAAAAACUUGAGCAUAAUUUGUCAGAUAAUUUAAGUUUCUGCAGAAAGAUGGAGUAUGGUUUUCAUCACUGAUAAUGAAUUUUACAGCCCAUUAUUCUAGUUGAUAUGGUGUAUAAUGUCUGCCGUUUGCUUGAAUCAAAUGUUUACUCACUCUCCUGUUUAUAGUUUUCUCAUGAUCGUGAUUUGUGAUGCAUUUUGCAUUUUUCUGGAUUUCUGUCAUAAACAUUCUUAUUUU